AUGCAAGCAGAGCAGGAGAAGAAGGAUGCAAGCAGCUCUGACUCCAAGGAGCCGAUCAAGAAGCUGGAAAGCCGCUUUCAUUUUUGCGGAAAAGCUUUGAGGAUUACUCGGGACUUCAGUAAUAACCUUGGCGUAUCAGCGAUAAUCUGGGAGGCAAGCCUCGUUCUCUGCCGGUACUUUGAGCAAGAAAAGAUUGAUUUUUCCGGGAAGAAGGUGAUUGAAUUAGGGUCAGGCACUGGGAUCGUGGGGAUUCUUGCCAUCCUGCUGGGUGGGGACGUGACCCUCACAGACCAGCCCCCUGUUCUGAGUCAGAUCGAGUUCAACGUGGCCAACAACGUCCCCGCUUCCAUUCAAUCCCGAGUGACGGUGUGCCCUCUCCGCUGGGGCGAAGACCAGUGCCAGUUCCCUGCAGAUUAUGACGUGAUCCUGGGCUCAGAUGUUGUUUACAGCCCGAUUUACUUUCCCGCACUGAUACAGACCCUGCGGCACCUGAGCAGCCAGACCACGGUCAUCUACCUCUGCUCCAAGAUGCGCGAGGUCAUGGGAGCCAUGGAUUUCCACGAGAAACUCCUCCCUCGGUACUUCAACUGGGAUAUCGUCCACAGAAACGAAGAGAAAGAAAUCAAUGUGUACAGAGUGACCAAGAAAGACCAAGGCCCCGAAGAUCAGCCACUGCCCUAGGCUGUCGCUAUGGUAACCCAUCCACCAAGAAAUAAUCUGAGACCGUCUUCAUCAUAUUACCUUCCCUCAUUAGUCAUUACUUUGGCUUGCAUUUUCCAUACUCCUCUCCCUGGAUGGCGACUCUUAUUCCGGGCCUCCCACGGCCAUUUGAUCUGGUUGGGAUUGUCUGUGAGGAGACUAUUCACCUCUUGGUGAAGUGAGACUAGAUCUGUCAGUUUCCCUGCAGCAAAAUUAGUUUGUGUUAAAUGGAACCGAGUCAGUGAAUUUUGGGUUCGACUCCUACUCCAGAGGUCUG